GGCAGGCUGUAGUAACCUCACUGUGUCAGGGAGAGAGGGAGUGUGUGGACCUGCACACUCAGAGCUGUCAUCUGCUGGAGCUUUAAACUCUGCUGGUUGUGUGGAUUUUCCUCUGACACUUCCUGGACGAGGAGUCAGUCUGUGUGUGUUUGUGUGUGUUUGUGUCUGUGUGUGUGUUUCACCUUAAGGACCCUGUUUUUAGAUCUGAGGGGAAGUUUUUCUGUGUCACGGCUGAGUAUCACAGAGUACUUGAGGUGAGACGCUGCAGUGUUCUUUUGUCCAUGGAGGCUGUUCGGUGGAGGCCGUCCGUCUUGUGCUGAGGUCACAGAUCAUCAUUUCACGAGUGUCCUGACUUCACAACAGUGCAUCAGUCUUCCAUUCAAGGAGCCCGGUGCUGCAGCGAGACAGAGAGGGGGGGGAGAAAAAUAAACACAGGUUUAAAAAAAAAAAAGACACUCUUCAUGAAUCCCCCAAAACCCUGAAAGGCAGACAGUGUGAGUUGGCUGGCAGUCUUAGAGGAGGCAAUGGGGUGGACACUGAGUAUGGCUCGGCUCUGUCUCCCAGCCUACACUGUGCUGCUGGUUGGCUGCUUUCAUACGGCUGUCACAGAAAAUGAUGUCACUCCACGCCUCACCUUCUCCUACAAUGCGAAGGAGAGGACGACCAGAGGCUUCUCAGUCGGCGGGGUCUCCAACUACACCUCCCUCCUCCUCAGUAAAGAGGACAACACGCUGUACGUCGGCGCUCGGGAGAUCCUCUUCUCUCUCAACCUCUCUGAUAUCAGCUCAGUCAAGCUACAGAGAAACCUGACGUGGACCACUCCGGAGAAGAAGAGAGAAGAAUGCGGUUUUAAAGGCAAAGACCUGCAAACGGAUUGUUUCAACUACAUCAAGAUUUUACUCCGUAUGAACAGCACUCAUCUGUACGUGUGUGGGACCUACGCCUUCAGCCCCAUCUGUGCUUACAUAAAUGCUGCCGACUUCUCCCUCGUCAAGACUGACAGCGGUGAGAUCAUUGCAGAGGACGGACGGAGCCGCUGCCCGUUCAACCCUGAAUACAAGUCCACGGCCAUCAUGGCGGAUGGGGAGCUGUAUGCUGGGACAGUCAGUAGUUUCCAAGGAAAUGAACCCAUCAUUUACAAGAGUCUGAGCCAAGGAACAGCGCUAAAAACAGAAAACUCCCUCAACUGGCUUCAAGACCCGGCCUUUGUCGGCUCUGCCUUCAUACAGGAGAGUCUGCCCGAGGGCAACCCGGUGGGCGACGAUGACAAGAUUUACUUCUUCUUCAGUGAAGCAGGAAAAGAGUUUGAUUUCUUUGACAACACCAUUGUGUCUCGCAUCGCUCGCGUGUGUAAGGGUGACACUGGAGGGGAGAGAGUUCUGCAGAAGAAGUGGACGACUUUCCUCAAGGCUCAGCUCCUCUGUUCUCUGCCCGAUGAUGGAUUCCCCUUCAACAUAAUCCAGGACAUGUUUGUGUUGACGCCGAGCCCAGAUGACUGGAAGAACACUGUGUUUUAUGGAGUCUUCACGUCUCAGUGGUACAAAGGGGCCUCAGGAAGCUCUGCAGUCUGCUCCUUCACCAUGGACCAGGUGGAAAAAGCGUUUAACGGACGAUACCGAGAGGUCAACAGAGAGACCCAGCAGUGGUACACGUACAACCACCCGGUGCCAGACCCUCGGCCUGGAGCGUGUAUCACCAACGCUGCCAGAGAGCAGGGCAUCUCCUCCUCGCUGCACAUGCCGGACAAGGUGCUGAACUUCGUCAAAGACCACUUCCUGAUGGACAGCGUGAUCCGCAGCCAGCCUCUCCUGCUCAAACGCAACGUCCGCUACACGCAGAUCGCUGUCCAACGAGUCCUGGUGGCGCACAAGGCCUAUGACGUGCUCUUCAUUGGCACAGAUGAUGGAAGGCUCCAUAAAGCCAUUAACGUCAACAACAAGAUGCACAUCAUCGAGGAGAUGGUGCUCUUCCGUGGUUCCCAGCCGGUGCAGCACAUUGAGCUGGAUACUGACAAGGGUCAGCUUUACGUUUCCUCCUUCUCUGAGCUGGUGGAGGUCCCGGUCGCCAACUGCACUAAUUACCAGAGCUGCGGAGAGUGCAUCCUCUCCAGGGAUCCUUACUGUGCCUGGAACGGGAGGCUGUGUCUGGAUGUCAGGCAGGCGUCAGCACGAAGUGUCUGGCAGCAGGACGUGGAUGAGGCCGACACGUCAGCUAUUUGCAACAAGGCGGUGGCAAGCCCACGUUCUGUAAAACCUCCACCCACGCGAACGCCUUCGUGCCAGGUGAUCAUUAUCCCAGCCAACACAUUCAAAGUACUGCCUUGCAAACCGCGCUCGAAUCUGGCUGAGCGCAGGUGGGAGUUCAGCGAGAGUGCAGGUCACUUCCAUUACCCCAGCCCAGACGGAGGGCUGGUGGUGGUAGCUCAAGCUGACAGGCAGGAAACCUACGAGUGCUGGUCCGUGGAGGAAAGCUUCAGGCAGCUGCUGGCGAACUACUGUGUGAGGGGCGAGGCCAAGCAGGAGAGCACCACCCUGAACGGCCGAUUGCACACGCCGCAGAUCUCCCAGGAGGAGUUCGUCAUCCUGCCGGGGAAGGCCCUCUUGCCGCAGAUGAACACCAAGACCUACUGGAAUGAGCUGAUCGUGGUGUGUGCCCUCCUGGUGCUCUCCCUGGUCGUCUUCUUAUUGUUUGUGGUCUACAGGAACCGCAGCCACAUGAAGUCCAUGCUCAAGGAGGAGCAGCAGAAGAAGCCCAUGAUAGUUGUUAAAUCGGCCGAGAACUUGCCGCUCAACGGCAACACGGUCGCGGCGUCGGUGUCAGACCACAAGGGCUACCAGACCCUUAACGACAACUACAUUUGCAGCACUCCGCCGCACGAGAGCUCAUCGCCCGACAACAGCAAGGGCUUCUCCGAGUCGGAGAAGAGGCUCCUGAACUUGAAAGAGAGCCACGUAGAGAUUUCUCCCGCAUGCCCUCGACCUCGGGUCCGACUUGGCUCUGAGAUUAAAGACUCUAUAGUGUGAGGCUUCAGCUUCGCCUUCAUGUGGAGAGACUCAUUUUAAACUGAAAGGAGAGAGUGCACUUGCUGAGAAAGACAAAACCCUACAAGAGGGGAAACAGACUCUUCAUGGAGAACACAUUUCAUUACACAGAUUUUGCACUUUGUCUUUUUUUCUUUUUGUUCUGUCCCUGUGGCCCAUGUACAUUUCAUUGCAUUUUCAGGUGCAUUCAUAAGCGCACUGAAGAAGUUCCAGUUUGCCUUCAGACUUUUGAUGCUUUCACAUACGGCUCACGGGAUUGUACCGAGCGGAGCUGGAGCGUCACAACCACGAUUCAGAGACUGAACUUCUUAGCAUUGCCCCUCCAGUCCGUCCAUGUAAUCUAGAGAUGAUGCUUCGAAAGGCGGCGUGAUGUUCAGACGUUCUCCCGCUAACACCUGAUACAGUGUUUUCUGUUUUUUUCGAUUUUCAUUCUGUCAUCUGGUUAGAGCCGACCCCCUGCUGAGGCUAUGCACUAUGUUCUGUACGGUAGCAAGUUAAACACAGUCAGCGACAGGCAAGAAAGAAACAUAGGUGUCCUGUGAAAAAGUCUCCAUUAGCCUGUGUGUGUUCAUCAUAGACUGUACAUAAAGCUGGACGACGUGUCUGCACUUCCUCCCGUUGUGAGGUAUCUGUGCAGCAGUGAUCAUGCCACAUUAUCGAGCAUAUAUCCCUGCCGAUACAUGCACUUGAAUUUAUUAGGACCAAACUUACCGGAAAACAUUGAGCACUUGAGCAAACAUCAGUGUGAUGAGAACUACCUAAAAUGACAUCAACCAUCUUUGAGAAGAAAAACAUUUUUUAGCUGUAUUUUGACUUUUCGGUGGCUUUUUAAUCACCAUGGAUUAGGCCCAUUUAUCAACCUAUACUGUAGCCAGCCACCAGGGGGUACUCGACCAACUAAACCAAACCCACUGGAAAUAUUAGCACUUCAAAAAAGAGGAAGAUGGUUUACGACCUAUACUGUAAUCAGCAACCAGGGGGAAGAUCAAGAGGAUGUGGCUUCACUUUUGGGAAGCAGUCAUGUCGUCCAUCUUUAUAUAAAGUCUACGUGUAUUCAUUGUUUUGGCUGAAAUAUAACAACAGCAAAAAAGAAGAGUUGUCCUGAGGAUUCAAGAAGGUUGAUCAAAAUGAGACCUAUAGUUUUAAAGUGAAAGAAUCACGUCAGUGGAAAUGUAGAAUCCCUCAUCAUCCCAAUCAUCAAAUACCAUCAACAAAUCCGAAAUGAAACAAAUGUACUUUUUAAAGUAUUGGUAUGACUAGUGGAUUACAAAUAUCCCUCAGUGGAAAACCGACUGCCAAACAGGGUUUUCUUUUUACCAAACAUGAUAAAGGGAAAACACAACGCUCAUUCCAGGUAUUAUCAUGUUCUUCAUGAGAUAGGCCGUCUAUGCAAAGCAAAUAAUGUGAAGUGGGGUAAACACCGAAAAAAAAACUAACCUCCAGACUGAGUAAGCACAAAAGGUGUUGGCACUGUUAACGACUGUUGAAUCUGUGGCACUGCGAACACACACCCCGACACGCACUCACACUCAUUACACCGACUGUAAGUAUGCAAGAGCUUUUAGCCUUUUCUGGUGAUAAUGAUAAUGAAACUUAGAAAGGCUGUCAUCACACGAAAAAAAGAUACGAGACAAGGCUCCGGUACAGGAAAGUAAAUCUGUGACUGUUGAUGAUUAUAAAUAAUUAUUAUGACUUUAUGAAGCCAAAAUGUUUCAUUUACAGAGAGAUAUUUAUUCAUCACAGUCGGUGUCUUGAAUAUCUGUCACUAUUCUCCAAGAUAUUAUUGAAUAUUUAAAUACUACACAUAUACAUAAUCUGAGUUAGAUAACACACAUCUGUAUAGCCUCAACUUUGAUAUACAUAUUAACUGAGUGUUGAUGAACGGAGGGAAAAGCCCUCUGCCUCUGCUUGCUUCAAUGGUUUUAAAGGCAACCAUAAAAGCAAUAACCUUCAUUCACAUUGAGUAACAACCAUAAGGAUUGUGUAUUUUAAUAUUCCAUCUCCAUAUUCACAAACAACGAUUUCCCAAACCACGUAACCCACCACAAUUAUGGGCCGGUUCUGACAGCAUUUUUCGUCAAACAAUUUUAAAAGUCUGACUUGAGUUUGCCUCUCGGAUUGUAACAGCAAUUUAAAUUUCACUAAAAACACAGCAUCCAGCUCGACUCAGAAUGCAUAGGAUUUGCACAUGAUGUUGAAAAAGCCUUAGUACAAUGCAGGUUAUUAUGGGUUUGAUAACAAAUCUGCCUUUGGGGAAAACGGAUAAUGCCUUCUGAAACCAUAAUCAAGAGACGUGUCUCUUGGUGUAAUAAUCUAAGCAGGUAGUAGAGCUGUAGGUGUGAGAGGACGGGCCAUGCUCAGAAACAUGAAUAUGUGUGAUUUGAUACUGUCCACAUUGUACAGUAUUGUACAGUAUGAGGUGUUUAUUUAUUUUUUCUAAAUGGUGGCUUCGACCUUAGUCAGGGACUAAAAUUCAUUCUUAAAUUGUAGCAAAUAAAUAACCACUGGCUGAUUUGAAAUACUGAAUCAUAGAUACUAUUAUGUUGCGUUUGUCUAUAAGCAAUCGUGCAGGAUGAAAGAUUGAUGCUCUGACUGUUAUUGAAAAACACAAACCAACGGCAGCUUUGGGUGAAGCAGCUGUCAUCAGAACUAUAUGGUAAAGUUGCAAUGUAAAAUAUGUGCAGGUACCGAACACAAGCCACAGUGAAAGUAUCCUGGUCUCGCUCUCUCUUACUGAACCACUACAGUCAGGCCUUCUGUCCGGGGCAGCAGCGCCGCGGCAACUCUGGUCGACAUGUAUUGUAUAAAAAAAUUUAAAGUACACGUGAAAAAAAGAAGUUUUUAUGUAAAACAGUUUUGUAAAUUCAGCUGCCAAUGUAAAAAAAUGUAUUGUGAAUUGUAUUUUAUUUUGUACGAUACAUCACUACUGUUUUUCUUUUGUUUUCUUUUUGUACUGUAUAUAAAAAGCACUUUAUUUUAAUUUUUCAAAUAAAGAUCAAAUGAUAAUUUUUUUA